UGCUUUUGCAUUUCCGGGGAGAGAACUGUAAGUAAACAAUACAGUUCUCUCCCAUGUCAGCUCUUGCACACUGCUAUGCAUGGCUUUGCAUAGCAGAGCCAUGCAAAGCAGUGUGCUUACAGUGAAGCACACACACACACACACACAGCAGUUUGUAAAACAGCACACAGUUAACCCUUUGAUCGCCCCACAUGUUAACCCCUUGCUGCCCAGUGCCAUUAGUUCAGUGUCAGUGCACUGAUCACUGUAUUGGUGUCACUGGGGAUGUCAGUGACAAGUCAGUUCCCCCCAGUGUCAGAAUGCCCACCGCAAUCGC